AUGUCUGGAUCUGGAGGAGGAGAACUCAGAGCGCCAAUCUUCAAUGGCGAAAACUUUGAUUUCUGGCAGAUCAAGAUGAAAACCAUCUUUCGAUCACACGGGCUAUGGGAAAUGGUUCAUAAUGGGUAUAAGAUUCCGGUGAAGGAGGAGGCACUCACAGAGACGAAGAGGAAGCUAUUGCGUGAGUAUGCUGUGAAAGAUGCCAGAGCAUUAGGCAUUAUUCAAGGAGCUGUGUCCGAUCAGAUUUUUCUGAGGAUUGCAACUCAGGAAAGUGCAAAAGCUGCGUGGGACAUUUUAAAACAAGAAUUUGUGGGUGACAAACAGAGGCUUGAUAGGCAUGGUGAGAAUGGUACAGAGAAGGCAUUUGCGAGUCUGAAUAUUGGAUCGAAAUCCAAUCGGUCCAAUAGUCAAAACAACCAGAAUAAGUCUCAGAAAUCCAAAUGGAAACCAUGGAGUAACAAGGCUGAAUGGAGCAAUAAGGCUAGUUCUUAUGAAGGGAACAGUAAGGCUAAUUCUUAUGUUAAAAACAAAGUCAAAUGUCACAAGUGCAAUAAGAUUGGACAUAUUGCACGAUAUUGCAAUACAAACAAGACUGUUCAACAAGGGCAUUUUGCAAAUCAGGUUGAAGAAACUGGGAAUUUGUUCUAUGCAAAUCACACUGAGAUAGAGAGAAGGGUAAGUGAUGAGUGGUAUAUAGACAGUGGGUGUAGUAACCACAUGACAUCUCGGGAAGAUUUACUUGUUGAUAUUGAUAGGAGAGUGAAAGACAAAGUUCAAGUAGGCACUGGGGUGUUGGUUGAUGUAGCAAUGAAAGGGACUUUGGUCAUUGAAACUACAAAAGGCAAACGGUACAUAAAAGAAGUCAUGUUGGUACCUGGCCUUGCAGAAGACUUGCUCAGUGUGGGACAAAUGACGGAUCAUGGCUAUUUUCUCUUGUUUGGAGAUUGCAAGGUUGACAUAUUUGAUGACAGAACUUUACAACAUUUGGUAACACAAGAACUUGUACUGGGGUUGCCUGAAAUCCAAGAGCAUGAUGCAGUAUGUCAUGGAUGUGCAAUGGGGAAGAAUCAUAGAGAGGCAUUUCCACAAGAAUCGAAAUGGAGAGCAAAGGAGCCACUAGGUGUUAAGUCUUAG